CUCACCUUCGAAACCAUAUAACUCUUUAGAGUAUCUAUAUAAGAAGUAGAUAAGAGAUUCCUUCUUGCCUUUUCCUUUCUUAUGUUUGACAUUAAAGGAAAGUAAACUACAGAAUUAAAACAAGGACAUCAAAUCGCUCAACUCUUCUUCCUUCCCCUCCUCCAUAGUUGUUCUAUUCAUCCACUAUGGCUUCAAGCUCCAACAAAGAAGAAGACAUGGCUAUCGACUCCUCGAACCUGUCCAUCUGCGUUGAGAGGAAGCCCUCGGAGUCGCGUUUAGCUGAGCUCGGCAUCAAGUCUUGGCCAAAAUGGGGUUGUCCUCCAGGCAAGUUUCCUCUCAAGUUUGAUGCGAAGGAGACAUGUUAUCUUCUAAAGGGGAAAGUAAAGGCCUACAUCAAAGGAUCCUCUGAGUUUGUGGAGUUCGGAUCUGGAGAUCUUGUGUUCUUUCCCAAGGGCUUAAGUUGUACAUGGGAUGUUUCUGUUGCUGUCGACAAGCACUAUAAGUUUGAUUCUGCAUAGCUUUCUUCUCCUUCAAUUACUCUUCUUCUACUUCUUUUUCCUCUUCUUCUUCUUCUUAUUUCAUGGCUUUUGUAUUUCUUCUUUAUGGAAUGGAGUGAAUAUUGUUCUUUGUUUUUCUUCUCCCUCUUUGGCUCUAGAAAUCUCUUUGCCAUUAAUAAAUUACCUUUCACGGGUUGCGGCUGUAAAUGUAUUAAAUAAGGAGGCGUUCUGGUUUGGAAA